CGUCAGUCGCUAUCCGUCUCCCUCUGCGCUCGUUUCGUUUCGUUUUUGGGGCUGUUUUGGGGAAGUCGGGUUUGGAAAAAACGCUGAUAUAAACGCUUUUCUGGGCGAGCCAACAACCGUGGAGCGGCAAUCUGAGUGCGGCAUUAAAUACUCCUCACCUCACACUAAUCACACACACUCCAGCUUACUUGGCACCGGAAGUGAGUUGCAGUAAACCGUCCGUAGAACUUCAAUCACCAGUUGCCAUCUCAGUGGAGCAGAAGCGCAUCUCCGCAUUUAAACCGAAAGGAAGCGAUAAUGGCAACCACACCACGCAGCGGCGGGGUUGGCGGCGCUGGAACAGCGACGCGUCCCAAUGGCACAUCGCAGAAUAAAAGUUGCCAAUUUAAGCUGGUGCUCCUGGGCGAAUCCGCUGUGGGCAAGUCAUCCCUGGUGCUGCGCUUCGUCAAGGGACAGUUCCAUGAGUACCAGGAGAGCACGAUAGGUGCGGCCUUUCUGACACAGACCAUUUGCAUAGAGGAUACUGUGGUUAAGUUCGAGAUUUGGGAUACGGCUGGCCAAGAGCGAUAUCACAGCUUAGCUCCCAUGUAUUAUCGGGGAGCGCAGGCUGCCAUCGUUGUCUAUGAUAUACAGAAUCAGGACAGUUUUCAGCGUGCAAAAACUUGGGUCAAGGAACUGCAUAAACAAGCCUCACCAAACAUUGUCAUUGCGUUGGCCGGUAAUAAGGCGGAUCUGUCAAACAUUCGAGUGGUGGAGUUCGAUGAAGCGAAGCAAUAUGCCGAGGAAAACGGGUUGCUCUUCAUGGAAACGUCUGCGAAGACGGGCAUGAAUGUCAAUGACAUCUUCUUGGCCAUUGCCAAGAAACUACCUAAGAACGAUGGAGCCAACAAUCAAGGAACCAGCAUAAGGCCGAAUGGAAAUGAAACAAAUCGGCAGACGAACAACUGCUGCAAGUGAUGUCCCUUUGUAGAAAAUGAAAUUUCCAACGAGAGAUUUGAAAAGUUUAUGCUGAUAA